AUGCCAGUUCCAAAAAAGAUAAAACAAAAAAGAGCUAAACCAAAACUCAAAAAGCCCACCCCCAUCUCACAGGGCUUUGAGAAUGACUUUGCUGAGGCUGCUGCUGUGGAUGAAGAUGAACCAGAGGAGGAGGAGAAGUCUAUGCAGGAAAGAGACAAAAGUGAUAAUGAUGAUGAUGAGGAGGAGGAACAAGGAGAUGCACAAGAGGGGGCCAGGCAUCUGCUGCUCUCUCCGUCUUUUUCCCUCUUCUUCUUCCAUCUCAGUAUUUUGGGAGAUUCUCUGAUCCAUCUCCCGGCUCCGACCCGCUCCCCUGCCCCUGUAAAAUAUAACGGCGCAGACAGAGAAGAGAUCGCCGUCUGCCCCUUUGCUCUUAAUGAUGUGAAAUCCACCAUUGGUCAAAGCGUCCGUUUGGCCUUCGGCAGCGCGGUAAAUCUCCCACACUCUGAGGUCAUCACCCGGAGAUGGCACAUCCUCAGACUCCACACGCCUCCUUCCAUCCACAGCACUUCUCUCACAAACGAGAUCACGGGCCACGACCAUGAUCACUUCAGACAAAGACCUUGA